CGACUUGAUCUGAUUCGAGAAGAUACACGACUCGCAGUUCGUAGGGACAUAUCCUCGUGACGUUAGCAAUAAAUACCAUGUGUAGUACUCGAGUGUGCCUUGGCCAUACACACUCGACAUCAUCGAACCGCCGGCUUGUUCGCAUCAACUAAACAUCGCAUGGCAGACCAACAAGCGGAGAACAAUGUCAUCCCCUUGGGGUCCUCAUCAAACGGGAGAGCCUCAGGAAAGCAAUGGAAGCCAUUGAAAAAAGCCACUGUUCGGUCACAAUGCUCCAAGGAUCAAAAGACAAAAUGGGAGGAGCGAAUGGAAAGGAAUAAGAGGGGGAAGGCUAUCAAAAAGCUAGAAAAUGAGCUCAAGGAAGAAAGGCGGGCUGAACUGCAAAGACGGCGAGAGAUCACCACGGAACGUAAAAAAGCAGCGGAAGAACGUUGCAGAUUGGAAGAAGAAAAGGCAAAGAUGAGUGCCCGAAAAGCGGCCAGACAUCGUCGAAAAGCAGGGCGGUCGAAGAAAGUCAAGGGUUGAUUCUCUCCCAAUGUACUGUGCUACUGUAAUCUACGCAGGUUAUUCUGUAUGCAAU